AAUCACUCAAUGAAAGUACUUAUUAUCGGAGCGGGGAUUGCUGGACCUGUGCUUGCCAUGGUGCUGAAGCACAAAGGCUUCGAACCGGUGAUCUACGAGCGUUAUGCAUCGGUCCCAGCUGGGGGACUGGCCCUUGCGUUGAGCGCCCAGAGCUUCAAAGUCCUCAACAUCAUUGGACUCGCCGAUGAAGCCGUCGAGCUCGGGGUCCAGACCGACGGUUUUGUACAACGUUCAGAAAUUACCGGUCAAAUCCUACAAGAGCGUUCGGGGCGGCAGCCCAUUCUCCGCGGGCAAACUGGGUGGCCGAUGACGGUAACGCUCAGAUCAAAGUAUUGCGACUUCAUCGUGAAGAAAGCCGAGCAAAGGAGCAUUCCCAUACAUUGGUCCAAGAAGCUUGUCGAUGUCAAGCAAGACGACGACAAGGUGAUUGCUGUGUUCGAGGACGGGACCACGGAUGAAGGUGAUCUUCUUGUUGGAUGUGAUGGACUUCACAGCAAGGUCCGCGAUGCAUUGUUCGGGAAGACGCCAGCCGAAUAUACGGGCGUCGUCGUGAUCGGCGGGUGGACUCCGUAUACAAACGAGCUUCAUCCGACUGGUCAGCUCACUUCCUUAUCCGUCUUCGGAAGAGGAUGUCACUUUUUCUCUUCUCCGACGGCAGAGAAGUAUUUCUGGGCUGUAACCAUGCCUGCCGAGGCUGAAAUGCUCGAAGACUGGAGAAUGGCAGGCAAACUUCAAAUUGGUGACGCAUUGGCAUCGGUUCCAGCUACGACAUGGAGUGGAGAUACCGGACGAAUCAUUUCGGGCUCGGACGAAGUUAUUCGUUUUGGUUUGUACUUGCGACCCAUACCCCCCCGUCUGGCAUAAAGGCCGUGCUGUCUUGCUCGGUGACGCUGCACAUCCGAUGACUCCGUUCCUCGGUCAAGGCGCGAACGUGACUGCGGAAGAUAUCUAUCAUCUCGUCAGAGCACUGGUCUUCAAUGGCCCACUGACAAACGACAGCAUUGAGAAGGCAUUCACCGAGUAUACCGCCAUCCGGCGGCCCAAAGCCGAGGCAGUUUUCGAGCAAAACAAGCGGGAGCUCGCCCAUAGGCUUGCGACUAGCGAGGAAGAGAUCAAAGCACGCGACGAGAUGAAG